AAGGGCCGUGAGCAAAUCUUAGAAGUGCACAUCCGAAAUAAGAAGCUGGCCGAGGGAAUCACCUUGACGGACAUUGCCAAGCGAACUGCUGGCUUCAGCGGUGCCGAUUUGGAAAACUUGAUGAACGAAUCCGCCAUCCUGGCAGCUCGACGCAACAAGAGCGCAGUAACCAUGGACGAGAUCAACGAUGCCACAGAUCGCGUCAUUGCUGGCCUUGAAGGGCGUCCCUUGAACAACAACGCUUCCAAGAAGCUCGUUGCAUACCAUGAAGCAGGCCAUGCCAUCGUCGGAUCUUUGCUGCCUCAUCAUGACCCGGUGAACAAGGUGACUGUCAUUCCCCGUGGUCAAGCAAAAGGCCUCACAUGGUUUACGCCUGGAGAGGAUCAGAGCCUCAUCUCUACAGCCAUGCUGAAGGCCCGGAUUGCUGGAGCUUUGGGUGGCCGUGUGGCGGAGCAGUUGGUCUUCGGCAGCUCCCAGGUGACCACUGGUGCUGGGGGAGAUUUGCAGCAGGUGGAGCGCAUGGCUCGGGCCAUGGUCACCCAGUUUGGCAUGUCCGAUGACGUGGGUUCCAUUGCCAUCGAUGAUGGAGGCUUUGGUGGGCCCAACUAUUCGGAGGAUUUGAACUCAAAGAUUGACAGUGCUAUCAAGAACAUCUCGGACGAGUGCUUCCAAACAGCGUGGAAUCUGCUGGAGACACACCGAGAUUGCUUGGACAGGGUGGCUGAGGAGCUUUGUGAAAUGGAAACCAUCACUGGCGACAGGCUCCGAGAGAUCAUUGCCCAAUACACUGAAGUACCAGAGAAGAUGGCCGUGGUUUGAGGUUUCAGUUUAUGUUGAGAUGUAAUUGAAUAAGCAGCAGUUCCAUUUGGUCACAGAACCGCCGAAUUCUUUUGCAUUCCAUGCAUGCAUUUAGAGACACAACUCCACUGUACAGAUAGCUUGAUUCCUGCAUCAUAUGUCCAGUCUUGAUGCAGAGUCAUUCUCGUUUUUGUUUCUCAGCUGGAUUGACAUGAGUCACAUCCCCAAGCUGUUCCAAUCUUCGUGCACUGUCAACGCCUCAAUGAACCUCU